CAUAAAAUUCCACCAUCACACCCACACAUAAAACCCCACCACAUCUUCUCCCAUAAUAGAAUCUCCCAACACUCAAACCGAUAACCCAUCGUCCACCCCCAUUUCCAUCUCCAUCUCCGGCCACCACUCCAUGCCUUCCGACCACCACCAGCAGUUACUCGAUUCCGACGACCGAGAAACCUCCUACGACCAAACUGAGAAAAUCCACAUCGUCGGAGUAGAUGACAACGAUGAUGACUACACUCACGCAACGCCACCGUUCUCAUGGCGGAAGUUAUGGCUGUUCACCGGACCUGGUUUCUUAAUGAGCAUAGCCUUCUUGGAUCCGGGUAACUUGGAGGGUGACCUUCAGGCUGGUGCGAUUGCAGGGUACUCAUUGUUAUGGUUGCUUUUGUGGGCCACUGCUAUCGGACUUCUUGUUCAACUUCUUUCGGCUCGACUCGGUGUCGCCACCGGAAGACACUUGGCGGAGCUGUGUAGGGAGGAGUACCCGAACUGGGCGGGGAAGUUGUUGUGGAUCAUGGCGGAGCUUGCUCUGAUCGGAGCUGAUAUUCAAGAAGUUAUCGGAAGUGCAAUUGCUCUCAAGAUUUUGACAAAUGGGUUUUUGCCCCUUUGGGCUGGUGUUCUCAUAACUGCCUUCGAUUGUUUCAUCUUUCUAUUUCUUGAAAACUAUGGCGUGAGGAAAUUAGAGGCCCUUUUCGCAGUUCUCAUAGCAGUAAUGGCGAUUUCAUUCGCAUGGAUGUUCGGUGAAACGAAACCCGAUGCCAAAGAGCUUCUCAUUGGUAUCGUGGUUCCGAAACUCAACUCAAAAACAAUCCAACAAGCAGUAGGAGUGGUCGGCUGCAUUAUAAUGCCUCACAACGUGUUCCUACAUUCCGCACUCGUCCAAUCAAGAGAAGUUGACCCAAGAAAAACGGGUCGGGUCAGGGAAGCCCUAAGAUACUAUUCAAUCGAAUCCACUAUCGCACUUGCUAUUUCCUUUUUCAUAAAUCUUUUAGUAACAACCGUAUUUGCAAAGGCCUUUUUUGGAACUGGAAUAGCCGAUAAAAUCGGGCUCGGGAACGCGGGUCAGUUUCUUGAAGAAAGAUUUGGCGGCGGGGUGGUGCCGAUUUUGUAUAUUUGGGCAGUCGGGUUGCUGGCAGCCGGGCAGAGUAGUACAAUUACGGGCACCUAUGCCGGGCAGUUUAUUAUGGGCGGGUUUCUUGAUUUGAGAUUGAAGAAAUGGGCUCGGGCUUUGAUUACUAGAAGUUGUGCUAUUGUUCCUACUUUGAUUGUUGCUUUGACUUUUGAUGGUUCUGAGGAUACUUUGGAUGGUCUUAAUGAAUGGCUUAAUGUGCUUCAGUCGGUUCAGAUUCCUUUCGCUCUCAUUCCAUUGUUGUGUUUGGUGGCUAAAGAGGAUCUCAUGGGCGUUUUCGUAAUUGGACGUUUUCUAAAGACAAUCUCGUGGCUUGUGGCGGCUUUGGUGAUCGCAAUAAAUGGUUACCUAUUACAACAAUUUUUUGCCGAAGAAGACGUGGAAUAUCAAGUGGAUUGGUCGGCAUUUUCCUUGCACCUUCCUUCCAUGAGUGGACAAAUAUACACCCAAUUGAAGUAUUGA